AAGCCCGGCACUUGCGAACUCACUGUUAAGAAUAUUCAAUUUGAGAGUGAGACUUGUGAGAGUUUAGGUGUUUAGCAAACCUUGCAACUGAACUCAACAAGAGCAUCAAUGGAAGAAGCUGUGCCUGCGCAGACAACACCGACGCAAAUCUCAAACCCUCCAACCGCUGCUCAGUGCCCCCUCCACAACCUCCUGCUCCCACUCCUUCCCUUCCUCCUAAGAUCAAGAAGAGACCGCUUGACAGUAGUAGUAUUCAUAUCCAAAACCCCAAAUACUUCAAGAUGCGUGCCAUUCUUAAAGAGCUUCGACCUCAUUUUGUUGAGGGAUUAAAGGGAGGUUCCUGACAUUUCAUGAUGGGAUAUUGUCAUAUUUGAGGAGAUGGUUAUGCGGACCCCUGACUUCCGGAAUUGCAAGGCAGCUCAUGAAAUACAAGAACAGAUGAAGGUUCUGAUGGAACUAUACAAGGCGAUCACCACAGAAACAGUUUCUGUGAGUAAGAACAUACAACAAGAAGGCGAUACCUUGUCAGGUGAAAACCGAGAUGGUCAAAAGCUGCGAGAGCAGCCCCAGGAUCUUAAGCCAACAAUGGAGCAGCCUCAGCAAGACGGGGUAUUUUCAAAACCGUCUGAGAAAAAGAUCCUCUCUGGCCUUGCCUCUGAGAAGCAGCAGGGUACUGAAGAUGGUCAAAGUCAUGGGAAAUAUGUUGUUGGAGGAUCAGCUUUCGGCUGGAAUUUUGUCACUUUUCCAGGCAACGAACCAGUCUAUUAUGGAGUAACCAAAGAUUCAUUUCGAAUAAGUAGUUUGGCGAAGUAAUUUCUUGUGCUAAUUUUUUCAACAAGGACCUUUGAAAAUUUCUGGAACCUACCCCCUAUAAUGUAAGGGAGUUCUCAACGAUGGUAUCCACCAAAAACAAUGGGCAUGGUAGUGUUCUUGCAAUGA